UUCCCCACGUCCUGGCCCGUGCUCCCCUCCCGCCCCCAUGUUUGGGAGAUUCCAAGCGUUCAGGAACAAUGACGAUGUGGCCAAGAGGAGACUGGGUUCAUCCUGGCCCAGCAGGGGGAAAUCCGCCCCCGCAGCAGUGGCCACUUCAGGCUGCAUCAUCCCAAACCGGCUGAUUAGCAGCAGGGGCUGAGAUUGCAAAACACGCGGGGUGGGGGAAGUAGCUGCAACCCUUCCCUGAACCCUUAUGGCCUGAGUCCAGCGCCCGGGAGGAAACCCCCAAGCUGGGGGGGGGGGUGUCUUCCUGCUCCUUUCAGUCCAGGGAAGAAGCCUCAGAACAGGUCCUUUGAUACCCACCCAGACAAGAGUCAACUUUGGGCCACGCUCCAGGAAAGAAUCUCUUCAGAGCCUCACCCGAUUGGAAGGGACCCUGGAGGUCACCUAGUCCACCCUUGGCCAGAACAGGAAUAUCCCAGACAAACGGGAUUGUGCCGCUUUUCUCUCUGGGCGGCUGACACUCUCCCCUCCAAGAACCAGAAGGCAGUUUCUACUCUUCCCUAAAGAGGUUGUCUUCCUUAGGCCACCCAUCUCUAGUUCUUGUCUUCCAAGAUUUCGUUCCAAGCUCCUGCAAAUCUCUGCCCCCGUUGCAGCUGCUCCCGGUCCUUCUUGGCUUGGGGCAACUCGAAGCGGGCACUCCACUUGCAUUCCGGUACGCGCAGCCCAGAGAGGACUGUGCUAGCUCUAGCGUCCGUGCGGAGGUAGCCCAGGACCGCCUCGGCCGUUCCGGCAGCUGCAGCGCCGUGCUGGCUCAGGCCGGAUGGCCAGAUCCCUCCCGGGACGCCACUGCCAGUCCCGCUGCAUCUGAAGAGGUUCGAUGCCAGCAAUCUCCGCUGCGCAAGCUUCAGGACUUCCUUCCCUCGGGAGAAUGCUGCGAGCGCUGGGACCCCACCGAAGCCCCACUUCCGGAUGGAGCUGUGGUCCUUCCUGUCCGUGGCCUGCCUAGCCCUUUCGCAUGCCGCGCACCCCCCUUCUGGCCGCCAAGUGGCCCGGGUGGCCCAACUCUCCGCGGACUUUGGGCUCCGGGUGUUCCGGGAAGUAUCCAAGGCCUCCAAAGACCAGAACCUGGCCUUCUCCCCCCACGGCGUGGCUUCGGUGGUGGCCAUGCUGCAGGUGGCCUCUGAAGGAAACACCCGGGGCCAGAUCAAGGGCGCCAUGAGGUUCGGCUUGAAAGAAUGGGGCGUCCCAAGAGCCCUGAGACUGCUGCAGAAGACCCUGAGUGACCCCCGGAGCAAGGACGUGGUGCAGAUGGCAGAUGCCCUUUUCGUGCAGCGUGAUCUGCCGCUGGUGCCCACCUUCAUGCUGCGGUUCCAACGACUUUUUCACCAGAUGGUCAAGCAGGUGGACUUCUUGGAGAGCGCCGGGGCACGUGACAUUGUCAACGCCUGGGUAAAGCAGCACACCAAUGGGAUGAUCGAGGGCUUCCUGCAGGAGGGCGCCCUGGGUGCCAUGACGCGCCUGGUGCUGGUGAACGCCAUCCACUUUAAAGGCCUCUGGAAGCUUCCCUUUCCAGAGGCUGCCACUCACCAGCGUAUCUUCCACAAGCUGGACGGCAGCACCAUCGUGGUCCCCAUGAUGGAGCAGAUGGCCGAAUUCCACUAUGGUGAAUUCUCCACCCUCGAGCAGGGGGACUACGAUGUCAUCGAACUGCCCUACCAGGGGGAGAUGCUGAGCAUGCUCAUUGCUAGCCCCUUCCAGCGGGAGGCCCCCCUCUCGGCCCUGGCAGCUGCUAUUGACUCCCGUCUCAUUGCAGAGUGGAAGAGCAACAUGUCCACCGUGACCAGGCUCCUCGUCUUGCCCAAAUUUUCUCUGGAGAGCGAAGUUGACCUCCGCGGGCCACUGGAGGCCCUGGGCAUGACGGACAUGUUUGAUUGCGAGAAGGCCAACUUUAGCCGCCUCUCAGUGCGGGAUCCCCUCUUUGUGUCUCGGGCGCUUCAGAAAGUGAAGAUUGACGUGAACGAGAGUGGUACUGAGGCCUCUUCUGCCACAGCUGCCAUCGUCUAUUCCCGGAUGGCGCCCUUGGAGAUCGUGCUAGACCGGCCUUUCCUUUUUGUUGUGCGGCACAACCCAACUGGCACCAUUCUCUUCACGGGGCAGGUGAUGGAGCCCUGAGUGCCCCUCUGCUGCCGGCCCUCCCUCUGAAACGGGGAGACCUUUCUUCGCCCGCCCAGGGAGCCUCUGUGUCAGCAGAAUGAUCCACCACCAGGGCCUUCGUGGAAGUGGCUUCUGCUGGGCCUUCUCCCUUGCCUGCCGCUACUCCUGGCAUCGAGGGCUCCAGUGCGAGAACCGGGCACCAGCAAACGAAGGUCCAGGCAGGAGGCGGCCUUGGAGGCGCAGGGGAGCUCUGCUAGCCACUCUCAAGGAAUGCCUGGAUGGAGAAGGUGCCACCGUGGAUGCCAGCCUUGCCUGGGCACUGCCCCUUCACACUGCAUCAGGGAGUCAGUCUCUCCUCUCCUUCUGGAACAAGAGCCUCUGGGGAUGGAGUCGGGGCUCCCCCACCCGUCUGAACUAGAGCACUUUGGGACUAAGAAGAGAAAGUUAAUAUAUGCAGAUAUUUUGUCUUAUUUUUGCACAUAAAAAUACACUGCGACGGCAACUGACUCG